AUGCUUGUUAUUUUAAGCAUGUUUGGUAAUAUAGUUCAAAUCGUCAUAAAAACCAUUUAAGUCCUAUUAUUCAAUACCAAGCGUUUACUAUAUAAAUUAAGAUUGUGGAGGGCAACUUAAGAUUAAAAAGCGAUUAAAAAGAAAUAUAAAGUUAGAAUAUAUGAUUAAAAUUAAAAUCCUAUUGCUAAAAAUAGUGAAUAGUUUGUCAAAGAUGAUGAUCAGGCUGAAGAGUAGAAGUUUUAGACAACUCAAAAUUAAGAUCUAGGCGAUAAAAGUAAUCUACCAGAAAUUAACUAAAAGAAAGUAAUGAUGGAGAAGAGUGACUUUUUUGAAAUCUUGGAUGGGAAUAGCUCUCAGAAUGAUAUUAGCAAUAUUAACGUAGAUGAUACAAAUAUGAAUCUUGAAGGAACUAAAGUAGUUCUCAUUAGAGAAUUAGGCUAAAUGAAAAAUAAAAAUAGAAGUCUAGAAUCUACUAUCAAAAGAAAAGGAAUAGGUAAAACUAAAGAAAUUCUUUUACUUAAUAAUGAAAGUGCUAUCUAAGAGCUUAUAGACGUGACACUAGGACAAACUCCUGAUGAUAAUAAUUAUGAACUUGAUCACCUGGAUGAUUUGUACUAGAAAAAAGAUGAUUAACCUUAAUUCCAUAUAUUUGAAAAAGACGAGUUUGAUGAAUAAGAUUAAAGAGAUGAUCUCAUAUCGGAAAAUUCAAUCCAUCAGAGCUAAAUCUAUAAUAUUCCUCUCAAACUUAGGGUUCUUAGGGAAGAAAUGGAAGAGGACAUUAAUGAGGACACAAUAGUAAAAGAGUAUACUUACAUUUAGAGCAAUCUUUCUAAAUAUGUAAUGAAUGAAGUAUAAGAAUAAUAGCUUCAUACCGUUAAACUUCCUCUAAUUAAUGACGAGAGUAAAUCCUUCUUCGUUAGUUAACUUUCUGAUACUAACAAGACUCCAUUAGCUAAUCAACUUACAGAAGAGGAUAUGAUACUCAAGAGCUACGACGAUGAAGAAUUCUAAUCAAUCAAUACUCCUAAAAAUUACAAAAACAAAACCAUCCAAUUCAAGAAGAACUAGAAAUUUUACAAAGAGCUUGAAAAUGAGUAACUUGAUCUUGAAGAGCAAUUAGUUAAAGAUGACGAGAAAAAAUAAGAACUAAAGAAUAAUCCAAACUCCAUAAUAAACUUUUAUGAUGGAUAACUAUAUAGAACUACCAAGUAUUGA